AUGGCUGCCCCAGUUGCAAAGGCCACAUUGCAGGCUGCCCUCAUCAAUGCGGGGUCGAAUGUGUUGGCUCAGGGGAUUAAGGCAUAUCGAGCCGAUAUUCCUUUCAAUUUAGACACUGAGUCCCUAAUGCAAUUCACAACAUGUGCGUUCAUCAUCUCACCACUGGGCUAUCUGUGGCUCGGAACUCUGGAAUCCUGGUUUCCCAGCCGUGCGCCCGAUGCAAAGAACGUCCAGACCGAUAAAAAGGGUGACCUCUCGAAGUCUUCUCUAAAUGUCACAAAUACAGUGGCAAAAAUUGUCAUUGAUCAGGUUAUCGGCGGUACUUGGAACACCGUUCUUUUCAUUGUGACGAUGGGGAUGUUACGGGGAUUGGAUUAUGAUACAAUCACUAGACAGAUUCAAGCGGAAUUCUUGCCUCUCAUGCUUGCUGGGUUGAAGCUUUGGCCACUUGUGUCGAUUCUCAAUUUCACGGUGGUUCCUGCCGACCGGAGGUUGCUAUCUGAUGUCUGGAUGAAUGGAAGUGGAAGGAAUUGA